UUGUCGAGUCUGUGCAUGGUUACCGAUGCCACUUUGUUCCUUCGUUCCUUCGUGACUGAUGCAUACGGAACCCAAUCCAAGUCCGGCCCGUUCGCGCCGGAUUGGGUUCGUCGAAACCAAACCGGCCUUUCGUAUAUAAACCAUCUCGCCUCGCGUUUCCGCUCUCCGCAUCUGGAAACCCUAAUCCGAAGACCAUCGGACCACGUGUUGAUCGAGAUCGAGUUGAAGGAGAUGGCCGGUGAAGAGGCUGAAAAAACUGCUCCAGCUCUUGGGGAGCCUAUGGACUUGAUGACAGCUCUCCAACUUGUGAUGAAGAAAUCAUUGGCUCAUGAUGGGCUUGUUCGUGGUCUCCAUGAGGCGGCCAAGGCAAUUGAGAAGCAUGCAGCACAACUUUGCAUUCUAGCUGAGGAUUGUAACCAGGCUGACUAUGUCAAGCUAGUCAAAGCACUUUGUGCUGAUCAUAAUGUGCAUCUAGUAACAGUGCCAAGUGCCAAAACCCUUGGCGAGUGGGCAGGG